CGAUCUCGUUGUCCUUCGCUUCCAAAUCGGGGAUAUUAUUAUUCCACAAUUCUCGCUGUAUAUUAUUGAUAUUUGGGUCGUGUUUUGUUAUCUAAUCUAAUGGUUUAAAGGUGGAAUCUUGGGGGGUUUGGAUGGUGGGUGUGAGGUGAUGAAGUUCUGCAAGAGGUACGAGGAGUACAUGCAGGGGAGGAGGGAGAAGGAGCUCCCCGUAGUCGGAUUGAAGAAGCUCAAGAAGAUCUUGAAACAGUGCCGGAGGGAUUUCCAAUCCCAGAACCAGCAUGGAGAGGAGGGAGGAGGAAGAAGCCCGCACGGAGGCGAUACAUGCCCUGAUCGUUGCCCAGUGUGUGAUGGCACUUUCUUCCCCUCCCUUCUCAAGGAGAUGUCUGCUGUUGUUGGCUGCUUUAAUGAACGAGCUCAGAAGUUGCUUGAGUUGCAUUUAGCUUCAGGCUUUCGUAAGUAUAUGAUGUGGUUCAGAAGCAAGUCUCAACGAAAUCAUGGAGCUCUGAUACAAGAAGGCAAAGACCUGGUUACAUAUGCUCUUAUAAACUCCAUCGCCAUGAGAAAAAUUUUAAAGAAAUAUGACAAGGUUCAUUACUCAAAGCAAGGGCAGGCAUUCAGAUCACAGGCCCAGAGUAUGCAUAUUGAGAUCCUGCAGUCUCCAUGGCUCUGCGAGCUAAUGGCCUUCUACAUCAACUUGAGGCAAUGCAAGGCCAACAGUAAGGCUUUCAUGGGGCUAUUUGAAGACUGCUCACUCACAUUCGAUGAUGACAAGCCAAUGCUCUCAUGCGGACUAUUCGACUCUAUGAAGGUUGACAUUGGUUUGACAUGUUCCAUCUGUUUGGACACAGUGUUUGAUCCUGUUUCACUCACUUGUGGCCAUAUAUUCUGUUUUAUGUGUUGCUGUUCUGCUGGAUCCGUGUCGAUUGUCGAUGGGCUAAAGACUGUGGGUCCUAAAGCCAAAUGUCCUUUAUGUCGACAGGCAGGAGUAUAUGCUGGUGCAGUACACUUAGAUGAGCUAAACAUCUUGUUAAGCCGAAGCUGUCCUGAUUACUGGGAGGAGCGGCUUCGAUCUGAAAGAGUGGAACGUGUUCGCCGGACCAAGGAGCAUUGGCAGUCCCAGUGUCGAGCAUUCUUGGGUGUUUGAGAGUAGGAGAAACUCACUCUCCAGAACUGGAACUUUGUCUUGCUAAAACCUUAAACUCUACCGAAAUGAUACUACUUACAUAAAAAGCAUUUGGGUACUGGAGGAAGCAUUGAUGAACCUUGAACUGCAUAUGAGGAAAAUCUAGCCUACAAGAACCAGCUUGUUAAGGGCCUGUUUCAGUAACAAAAGCAAGAUUGGAUUGGAUUUCCUGCUGGAUUCAUGGAUUGGGCAACCCAUUUGGACAUGGCAGCCCAAAUUCUAUAGGAGGAAAAAAAAGAAGGAUCUCUGUGGACCUUUUUUCUUCCUGCCGAGCAACAGGCUUGAUACGGCCCAGACGUAGCCUGGGACUUAGAUGGGCCAACAGGACCGACUCUCACGGGAUAUUAGUGCAGGAGUACCCAAACAGGCCCAGGCCCUUAGUCACUUUUGAAGAAAAGAAUCCCAAGUGGCAGGACGCAUAGCUGAGCAACCUUGGUCCAAGAAGACAAGGAUAGACAUGAAAAUGCAUUCCGCUGAAUAUAGAACAGAUAUAAAUAACAUAUUAAAUAUAUCCAUGUCCAUUUUUAUUCAGCUUAUGCAAGAGCAAUGUGUAUAACAUCCAUACUUUUUUUUUUAUAAGGGAUAUUGGCAAAGGUUGGGGAUCAGCAUAUAUGUAUUUGC